AUGGUGUGGUCAAAGAUCAUUCAAGUCUUCUCCUUUGGUACACAAUGGGGAGAGAAUACUAUUCGCCUGGUCGAGGGUGAUAACGCUCUAGAGAUGGUCAAGAGGGUGGAAGGAAUUCUUGAGGACUCAAUGAGAGUACUCGAAAGCCAUGAGCGACUGAUGUCGUCUGGAGAGUUCAACACCUUCAGCAUCAAACACCGCCAUUUAGUGCUUAAAGUUGUUGAAGUCAAGCAUCAAGUACACCGUCAUCAAGAACAAGGCGUCCGCUCUGGUGCUCCUGCUGAGAGGGGGUCCGAUCGUAUUGGCCGUGACGUCGCCCUUCUCCAGCGACAGGCAGAGAUCUAUCACCAGGACCUUUUGACCGCCAGUCGCAGAGCACAAGACUAUGAAGAGGAAGCCUUCAUGAAACGCCAUUUGGAGGGUACUUUACAGACGACAGAAGGAUCUGAUCCAGUAACAACAUUGUAUUCUGUCAUAAGCCGAAAGUCGCCAACUGCCUCGCAGCAUGCCUCAGACGACGAUACUUUAGUUGACCGUGAGCCGUACUUGGCGGUGGCUCAUGUUCGACCAACCAGACCAGAGACUAUGGGCUCUGACGAACCGGUAGACGAAUCAUAUCGGCAGAUACUGAUUCUAGAAAGCAAGGAUAAGACUGUAAUUAUGAUAAACCCCAAUCGCUGCUACCCAAACGAUCAGGCCGACUCAUUGAACGAGGAAUCUCUUCUUGAAAUGUCCCGUGCAGGUGAAGUACUACUUCGAGCUACUGACUCUAAUCAUAUUCAAGGUUAUGAGGUGGUCGGGCGUCAGAGCGAGGCUUCAUGGGUUGAUUCAUUCAUUGAUAGUUAUCUAGACUGGGGGUGGGCAUAG